GUACGGAAGUGCGGGCUCGUGACAUACUUCGCUAACUGUUUCUCUAAACAAGAGAAAACGGCGCGGUAUCUUUCUUCCUUCAUUAAAGGAAGACAUUUUAGUGCUUGUCGUUUUUAAAAUGACAACGUAACUUCGUUCCGACUGCACCGUCGCGACUGUGCGCUCAGACUGACUCUGUGUGUGUGUGUUUAUUGAGGCGCGAAGGCGAAACGAAGCGAAGGACGGGGUGAACAUAAUGUCAAGACCACGUUCAAGGUCCCCCCUGCACCCGUACGGGUCAUCAGGGCCGAACCGAAGGAGUCCUGCUCGUUUCAAUGACCGUCGUUAUGGCAGUAACCACCCCCUGGGUGCAAUGGACUUUGACCUGCAAAGGGAUUCUGGCGAGAAAGGCAGAACAACAUACAGAGAAGAUGAGUGGCACUGGGAAGAGAGGCUGAGGACAGGACCUUUGGAGGAGCACAGGACUGAAGGAUGGAGGCGACCUCGUUUGCCCAACCUCACCCGUACCCAGAAACACUCGCCUCCUGGAGGAUUAGAUGAUCGUCAGAGGAAACAUGGGUUUGAGCUCAACUAUGCUGAGCGCAGGAGGUUGUCCCCCCGGAGGUGGCUGCAUAGUCCUGAAACUAGCAGCAGCAGAAAGAGAACAGAAGACCACGAUGAUUUUCAGAGGUACCAGGAUGAAAGGGGAGUACCUGAAGAGAGGCUGGCCAUUCGCCAUGAUGCUAAGCCUGGCAGAAGAACCUCACGACCUGGAUGGGACAGGGGUGGUCACGGCAAAGAUCUGCAAGAGCAAGUAUGGAUCUCAGACAGAAAUACCAGGGACCGCACCCAUAAAGAAAGGAGCUUUGUCCGUCCUGGAUGGAGAAAGAGGUGUGCAGAAGAUGCUGGCUUUCAGAAUAGCCAGGACUCGCAAGAAUGGUCGGCACAACGGGGGCUAAGAAGCAACACAGAGAAUGCCCCCAUCAUUGUGGAACAUGAUCACGGAAUCUCAAACCGUGGACAGGUCAAGGAGGAUGCACGCGUUAGACAGGAUUAUGGUUACCACCACAGUCAUGACCAGUGGCAUCUACGUGAAGGACGACCAAGGGCAGACCACCGCAAAGGUUUUGAGCACAAACAAGAGGAUCCCAGAGCUAGGCCUACACAGGCCAGACGGAAAAGCCCUGGUGAUGUGAGAAGCAGCCCUGUUCGUGACACUUUUCGUGCAAAGAGAAGCCCCAUUCAAGAAAUUAGCUCUGGCAGAAAUAGCUCCUCCCCAAGCAGAACAAGACAGCAGGAAGUAGCCCAAACCCUGGAGUUCCUCACAAACCUAGCCUUGGAUGCCAAUGGCGAUGUUGACCUCCGGCAGAUUGGAUCCAAGUUAUCGGUGAAGAAUGUGCCUCCGACAAGCAACCCUGUUACAGCGGGAGGGAAGAGGGAUGGCAAAGAGGAGAAGGUACCCCAGCGAAUGGGACAUGGAGUCCCCAGGGCAGCUGCAAACAGAAGUCAGACCCAGGAGACCCUCACCAUUAAGGUGGACAUGGGGCAGUCUGCUGUCCAGCACAGUGCAUCCCUACCCUCAGACCGACAGCUGUCUGUGGACUUGAUCAGCGUGGGCCGGCAGCGUUUGGACUUCUUACCUGCGCUGGAGCAUGGAUCUGGGGCACAGGGCGAGAGUUCUCAUUCUGGGACCUUUGCCCAGGAGAUCAUCACUCUGGUGCACCAGGUCAAAGAACAUUAUUUUAAAGGAAGAGCCCUGACCUUAAAUGAGCGGUUCUCCAGUGUUCAGAAUGAUCAGUUGAACGAGGACACUGAGAAAGAGGAGAAGGUUAGACCAUCUGGGAGCCCCCGUAUAAAUCGACGGAUUGACAUGUCCCUGUCUGAGCUGAGAAUGUACAGAGAGGUUGGACAUAAGCAGAAGCACAAGCGCCGACUGGCCGUUGACCCUGGUGACCUACGACAUGAUCUUGAGCGUAGGAGGCAGGAACGCCUGGAAGAGGUGAAAGUCACCAUUCCAGGUGUAGGUUUCCCGCAGCAGCGUCAGCUGCCCGUGAGCUUGCAUGUUGACACGGAGUUUUGCAGCCAGGAUGCGGAAGGCUUCUCCGGCACUGCCUGGUCAGGGAAUUCGUCGUCAUCCGAACGCUGGGGAGAGGAUUCGAGAAGAGUCAGCCAGUCGAGGCCUGGGGUCCCCAGACCCGGGUUCACUGUACAGAACAAAUCAGGUCGGCCCCAGAACCGCACAGUCCCCCGCUGGCAUCAGAACUGCAACAGUGCCAACGGUACCAGCUGGUGAAAACGGUCAAUGAAGAAGUGCACAUAGUUCAGAGGACAGAGGCUUCAGAGAACAAGUGGCGCUUUCAUUCAUAGCCAUUGUGUACAUGUGACUCUCGGUGACCCCAAAUGCACAGGCUGCUCAUGAAUGGGUCCAGACUGUUAUACUCAAACAGCCAGGUUCUGAGGCCAAGGUCUGCUCCAAGAAUGGAACCACAGCUGCUGCAGUUCUCCUCACUGCACUUUUUUUAACAGGUACUGGGAACCCCUGAAGUGUUUUAAAUGUAAAGGUUUUUUUUGGUUGUUGAAAGUUAGCAGGCAGGCAGUAGUGUGUCCCUGUGAUGCAUCGUCACAGCUGUGCUCCUGGCACAUCCAAUAAAGGUGCUGUUUUACACCUG